CCCUCCCCCACCUCUGUAACAAAUCGUGACAGAUGAGCGAUCCCCCCCUACCACCCUGUAACGCGUAACGCAAGGUCUUUUUGCAUUUUUUAUGCAUUUUGUGAGUAAAUCUUCAUAAGCGUACACUUGGAAGUUUUGUUUUGAAUAUGAUUUGUUUGCAAACAACGUUUUGAAAAAAACAAAGGGACAUUCUCAAACUAUCAAAGUAGACCUAACGGCAUAUAAAUCAUUCUAAGUUCCACUUUCUACGAAACCAGUCGACUUUUCAUCAACUCCUUCAACAGCUCAAAAAACAAUCCCCAACAAUGUCCUCUUUCGGCGAGUCUCACGUCCUGUGCCGUGUUUGUGCCAAGCCGUUCGAAAGCAGCACCAUGUUUCGACUGUUGGACGAAUUAGCUGACGCCUUCUGGCGAGUGUCAGAAAUCGAGAUCCUGGCGCAAGAUUCCGGAUUUCCACAAAGUUGCUGCCUAAUGUGUCGGGACCGGUUGCAGGAGGUGGGGGAAUUGAGGGCGCUGUGCUUGGAUUCUGACCGAAAGCUGCGUAAAAUGAUUGGGAUUGGCUUGAGGGAGGAGGAAGAGGGCGAUGGUAUCGGCAUGGAUAGUAUAGAUGCGAUUCCCAAGGUGGAGAUGCAAGAGGUUCCCGAAUCUUAUUCAUGCUGGGAAGACAUGGAGAACAGAUUUGAAUCCAGCGAAGAAGAUAACGACAAGGGAAAUCAUUUGGACUCAGUGCCAGACGUUGUGAAACAGACCCCCGGAAAGACCACUAAGGAAAAUGCUGAAUCUAAGGUUAAACGAAAACCUAAAGCUACGAAAUCUGGAUCGGAUAAACCACCACCAAAAACAAAGGGACCAAAAACUCCGAAGGAUCCGAAAUCUUUCCAAUGCACGAUGUGCGGUAAAAUCUACAAAACCAGCUACAAUCUUAAAGAGCACGAAACGAGUCACAAUUCAGACCAAAAGAACCACAAAUGUCACAUUUGCUUGCGAGAUUUUGCACGACGGAAAUACUUCUUGGAGCACCUCCGGAUGCACGAAACGGAGAACCAAUUCAAAUGCAACGAGUGUGACAAAGCGUACAGUACUAAUAGGCUGCUGCAGCAGCACAUCCGAGUCAAGCACAGUGGCGAGCGUCCCUUCCAGUGCAGCAUCUGUCCGAAAAACUUUGCACGUGCUUCUUCUCUUCAUGUGCACGUUCAGUCAGUCCAUAAAAAGAUACGGAAAAAGACGUACAGAUGUGAUAAAUGUACGCGAUGUUUUGAAGGCAAAACCGCCUUCGAGCGGCAUAUGAACAGCCACGAAGGAAUCAAGCUGAACCAGUGUCCCCAUUGUGGUAACAAGUACGAGUUUAAGGCGUACCUGCUGCAGCACAUUGCCGAGAAACAUCCGGAAACGGUGGAGAAUCUCACUACGUGUCAGUAUUGCGGUGUGGGAUACAGCACGGAUGGAUACUACCGGAAACACAUCGUCAAGAGACAUCCGGAGCAUUUGGAAGUAUUUGAUCAGUGGAUGAAGGCAAAACGUGAGGAAGCUUCAACUUCAACGUCUCCGACAAUGACCUCCAUCAGUGGGUUUCAUUUCCUGUGCCGUGUUUGUGCCAAACCUUUCGAGAGCAGCGCCAUGGUCCGGAUGUUUAACGAGCGGAAUAAGCCCCUCCCCCUAGCGGAAGCCUUCUGGCGUGUGUCGGAAAUCGAUAUCCAUGCGGAAAAUUCCAGAUUUCCACAAAGUUGCUGCGCUAGGUGCCAGGACCGGUUGCAGGAGGUUGUGGAUUUGAGGGCGCUCUGUCUGGAAUCGGAUAGGAAAUUACGCAAAAUGAUUGGCAUUAGCUUAAAAGAGGAGGAAGAGGGCGAGGAUAUCGGGAUGAGUAACGUAACUGCUGUUCCCAAGGUCGAGGUGCAAGAAGUUCCCGAAUCGUAUUCAUGCUGGGAAGACAGGGAAAACAGAUUCAAUUCCAGCGAAGAGGAAAGUGAUACGGAAAAAUCUCCGAAGAAAGCCAGGAAACCACGAACUAAAGAACUAAGGCUCGGAGAGAGGACGGAUGAUGCAGCCAAAAAAGGAGCAUUUCCUGCUUCGGACUUUGAACCAAACGCUACAGAAAAGAAAUCUAAAGGUAAAACCAAGACCAAACCUAAGACGAAACGACAAUCUAAAACUUUAGAAGAAGGAAACGCGUCAAACUCAAAGGAAAAGACUGCCAAAGGACCACAGUCUUACCAGUGUACUUUGUGCGGUAAAAUUUAUAAAUCCAGCAACAAUCUGAGGGAACACGAAACAACUCACUUCCCGGACAGAAAGAACCACAAAUGUCACAUCUGCUCGCAAGAGUUCGCCCGGCGAAACUACUACCUUCGACACAUGAAAAUGCACCAAACGGAGAACCAAUUCAAAUGCAACGAGUGUGACAAAAUCUACCCGUCGGAUAAGAAGCUACAGGAGCACAUCCGCAUCACACACCGUGGCGAGCGUCCAUUCCAGUGCAACAUUUGCUCGAAAACAUUCCCGCGAUCAUUUACGCUAAACCAUCACGUGCAGGCAGUCCACGAGAAGAUCAGGAAAAAGACGUUCAGAUGUGAGAAAUGUACGCGGACGUUUGAAAGCAAAACCGCCUACGAACGGCAUAUGAACAGCCAUGAAGGAAUUAAGCUGAACCAAUGUUCGCAUUGUGGUAAAAACUACGAAUUCAAAGCGUAUCUGUUGCAGCACAUAGCCGAGAAAAUCCGGAAACGGUGGAGAAUCUCAGCCGGUGUCAGUUUUGUGGGGUUGGGUACAGUACGGAUGGAUACUACCGAAAGCAUAUCGUCAAAAGGCAUCUGGAGCACUUGGAAGCAUUUGAUAAGUGGAUGAAGGCGAAACGUGAGGCGAUGCUUGCGGAAACGCAAAUCACAGCUACUUUUGGUCAAGGUCAUAAUCAAGUGCAUGAUACUAAUGGUCCUUUGGCAUAGCUGGGAUAAAAAAAUAACAGAAACAUUGAGUAACAUUGAUUUGUUUAAAACAUUUGUAGAUCAGAUAAUUCACAGUCCAUUGUUAAAUUUAGAUCUUGCAAAAUUUGGUUAGAUUUUUUUUUCAAGCUAGCUCAAAUCGUUAAACUCAAACUAGCU